ACAUGAAGACAGACAGACAACCCACCAACUGGAACAGCUCUUGAUAUAAGCCUCCCCUGUCUGGAGCAGAGCCUCCAACGCAGUUGAUUUGACCAAUUGAAUGCCAGAAGAGUGUUCCAACGGGAGUGAACUUCGAUACUCUUUUAUUUGCUAAACCCUUUAUUACACUUGGCAGAUAGACAACAAAAAACAACUGCUACCUCUGAAGGACAUUGUUGACUUUUUCCCGGGCACACUAGAGUUAAAGUCUCACCACGAUUAGGUUGAUUGGAUUGAAAUCAGCCACUAAAGAGCCAACAUGUCUGGGAUCAAAAGUUCAGUGAAUUUGCUGAGGGUCGCAGUCAGGUCGCAGAUCGUCUCCAAAGCCGCCCUGUCACACAAGCCUGCGAAGCACCACAUAUCCGCGGGCGAGCAAGCCAUUGCAUUGACAGUCUUUUUCAUCACCAUCCUGGGGCCGUCUGGUUAUGUCCUGGCCCAUCUGGAGGACUACAAGCACCACUCCUAAGUGGACCUGUCCGGACUGACCCCCGAUCCACUUCACCGGUGAAUUACUCCAGAUGGCUUCUCCUGAAGUCUCCUAAACCCUUUAUAUGACGGAUGAUUAUAUUAAUGAAUGUACCAAUAAAUGAAUGUCCCAAUACUA